AAGCAGAGACGGAGAGCGGAUUAAACAAAGUGCAGCAGAUUAAAACAGCUGAUGAGCUUCGUUCAGCCGGAGGGAAAAUAUUCAGACGAGGACACAGAGGCUGAAUUCAAACCUCUGAGGAUGGAAACACUGCCGGCUCUCACCUGGACGACGUCGUCUUUCACCUGAUACGAUGGAGCUGAUCGUCCACAGAGAGUAACCUUCGGUCUGAGCGGUUUCCUCCAGGUGAGCUGGACCUGUGGGACAAGGUCAUGUACGUCCUGUGCACCCUGGCGGUCCUGACCCUCCACAGCCUCCUCAAGAGCUGGAACAACAAGGCGCUGGAGUCCGGACGGAGGUCUGAUGGUGGAGGACAGAGGGACCGUCCUGAGGAUGGAGGCGUCCCUGAGGUGUGGGGGGCGUCCAGGUCCCAGCGUGGAGGAGAUGAUGCAGUGAAGGUGGAGUGGAAAGGAGCGAGGAGCUGCAGGGCUGAAGGGAAGAGGAGACGAGGAGGUGGCGCCGUGCGUAACGUCCCCGACAGCAGGAGGCGAGGGCAGCCGGUCCAGCGGUCCAGCGCUCUGCUCAGCCCGGCGGUCAUGUUCAGCACGAGAAAGACCUGGGACCUAAGCCACGCCCCCUGCCUGCAGGAGCUCUGGAAGAAAGAUAUCUCAUUGGACGCGAGCUCAGUGGACUUCCUGAUGAGUGAUGGUGAAGACGACGGCUCCUUCCUGUCUCUGCCCACUGCCGCCUUCUCACAGCGCCCCUCUCUGUCUGCAGAGCUGACCGAAACAAACACACCCAGCCAGCAGCUGCUCAUCCAGACUCUACAGGACAAAGUCUGUGAGUUUCAGGCUCGUCUUCACUCUGAGGAAGUCACUCGUCACCUGCUGCUCCAGCAGCUGCAGCAGCACAGCGUUCAGGAGAAGACGUGUGUCAGCGGUGUUCAGACGCUGCUGGAGGAGUCGGCUCAGCCCAACGGUGUGAGGGUGUUGCAGCCGGGUGAACGACCUUUGGAUCGUCUCAGCUGUCCAGAAGAAGAGCAGCUCGUUACUCGGCUGCGCACACAGGUGGAGGAGCUGGAGGAGAAGCUGUUGGAUCAGACCCAGGAGGUGGAGAGACUUCGCUCUGAACUGGGGGCGACAGACCUGGAGAAGCAGCUGGAGCUGCUGGUGGUGGAGAACCAGCGUCUGAAGCAGGAGCUGAAGUCAUGCAGGAGCUCAGAGCUUCAGAGCCUCGACGCCGCCGCUGCUGCUGCAGAGAGCUGCAGCUGCAGCCACUGCCCUCACAGACAGGAUGCAGAGUCCCUGCAGAGGGAGGUGUCUCGCUGGGAGAGCCAGGCCCGCCAGAGGGAGCGGCGGCUGGCUGAGCUGGAGCGAGAGCUGCUGGAGAAAACCUCCAGAGUGGAGAGUCUCCGCCUGCAGCUGGACGAGUCCACGAGGCAGCUGGACGACGGCCGGAGGCAGCUGGAGGAGUCGAGGCGGAGGCAGGGAGAGGCCGAGCAUAAACUCAGCCUCCGACUGCAGGAGUGUGAGGAGGAGCUCGCCAGGCAGGCGGCCACGCCCCCCAGAGUCAAGUAUGUGACUCAGACGGUGGAGGUGGAGUCAGCUGACUCUCAGAGAGCGCUGGCAGAGCUGCAGACGAAGAACGCCAGCCUGCAGGAGCAGCUGUCUGUGCAGAGGCAGCUGCUCCGAGAGCUGGAGACGCAGCUGCACGACUCUCAGAGGACCUGCGCUCAGCUCAGGACGCAGAUCCUGGUGUAUGAGGGGGAGAUGGAGCGGGCUCAGGGACAGCUGGAGGUGGAGAUGCAGAAUCUGGAGGAGGAGAAGAACCGUGUGAUCGAGGAGGCGUUCAUCAGAGCCGAGAGUGAGAUGAAGGCCGUCCACGAGAACCUGGCAGGUGUGCGGAUGAACCUGCUGAGCCUGCAGCCGGCCCUCAGGACUCUCACCUGUGACUACAACUGUCUGAAGAGACAGGUCCAGGAGUUCCCCUUCAUGUUGGACAAGGCCAUCACAGAGGCCAAGCAGGAGGUGAGUCCCACUCUACUAGAAUCAGACUCAGAAAUGUUUCAGCUAUUGAAAAAGAAGAAACAAGUUCUUGCGACACUUGGAUAUGUUCACUGUGUCCUCUGUCUCCCAGGUAACAUCCGUGUUUUCUGCCGCGUCCGGCCAGUCAGUCAGGAGGAGCAGGACUCCGCCGACGCCAAAACCAUGCUGAGCUUUGACUCGGAUGAUGACGCCAUCCUCUACCUCUCCAACAAGGGCAAAAUGAUGACCUUUGAGCUGGACAAAGUCUUCCCUCCUCAGGCCACGCAGGAAGAGGUGUUUCUGGAGGUUCAGUCUCUGGUCACUUCCUGUAUCGACGGCUUUAAUGUCUGCAUCUUCGCCUACGGACAGACGGGCUCGGGGAAAACUUACACCAUGGAGGGCGAGGUGGACAACCCCGGCAUCAACCAGCGAGCUCUCCGCCUGCUGUUCUCUGAGGUGACGGAGAAAGCUCCUGACUGGGACUACAAGAUCUCUGUCAGCAUGGUGGAGAUCUACAACGAGACGCUGCGGAACCUGCUGGGGGAGAAUCCCACCGACAAGCUGGACAUCAAGAUGAACCCUGACGGCAGCGGACAGCUCUACGUCCCCGGACUAACCGAGAUCACCGUCCAGAGCCCCGAGGACAUCAACAGGGUGUUUGAGUUGGGUCACAUGAACAGAGCGACAGCCUGCACCAACCUGAAUGAACACAGCUCUCGCUCCCACGCUCUGCUCAUCAUCACUGUGUCUGGAUUCAACACGGCCACUGGAAACCGCACACAAGGUAAGCUGAACCUGGUGGACCUGGCGGGCUCGGAAAGGAUCGGUAAGUCGGGGGCGGAGGGCAGUCGCCUCAGAGAAGCUCAGUGCAUCAACAAAUCUCUGUCAGCGCUUGGCGAUGUCAUCAACGCGCUGCGGAGCAAACACUCCCACGUCCCGUUCAGGAACUCCCGCCUCACAUACCUGCUGCAGGACUCUCUGAACGGAGACAGCAAGACGCUCAUGAUGGUGCAGGUGUCUCCACUAGCUGCUAACAUGAGCGAGUCGGUCUGCUCGCUGAAGUUCGCUCAGCGUGUUCGCAGCGUGGAGCUGAGCUCCUCGUCCUCGUCCUCCAGGAGACAUGAGAACUCGUCCACCUCGUCCUCGCCCACCCACGACAGCGUCGAGCUGGACUCACCCCCGGUCACCCCCGUCCCUCUCCCCAUCUCUCGUGCCAGCAGCGCCGGCUCCACCCUCUCCUCCGCCUCCAGAACUCCCAGCAGCUCCCGCAGGAGGUCCCAGUCCCAGCUCUCCACAGGACGAUUGAAGCUGACGGCCUGAGAGACGUGGAGGCGACGCUGCGGGGACGUCCGUCUCUGACUGCAGGGUGUCUGCCAACACUCUGAGACGUCUCCCUGCUGGACACGUCGUCUUUCCUGUCCUCGCCAGAUUAUUUAACCCCCGAUGAAGGAGCAAAGACUGAUGGGAAUUUAACAGAUGAAUCUGAAAUCAAAGACUCUUGUCAGCGGAGAUCGCGGCCAAACAUUUCUUGUUGCUGUGACGAUGAACAUUUAAAGACAUAAAGUGACUCUGAUGAGAAACGUUCUGGAGAUCUGCCCGUCUGAACUGAACUGAACUGAACUGAACUGAACUGAACUAAUCCUCCAUAACGUUUAUGUCUGACCCGACAAACAGUAUACGCUCUCCAAUCACAGUAUUUCUUUUAUUGUUUCUUUGUAACGUUGCACUUUAAACUUUGAGAUUAUUUUCUAACCCACAGUUCCAGAUGUGGCUGAUUUAUAAUAUAUGCAUAAUAUGGUUCUGUAUUUAUGUUUGACAUGCUUUAAUCUCACUAUUUUGGUUUAUUUUAAUAUUUUUUUUGGAGGACGCGGACACAUGAAAACGAGACUAAUCUUAAAAUUAUGAGAUAAAAAUGUUCUGAUUGAAAUCUUGGAUUGUUUUCUCAGAAAAUGGAGAUUAAUCUCGUUUCAUCACGUCUUGAAUCCUCUGUGGUUUUCUAACAGGAUGUUUUCGUGUCCUCGUGGUCCUCUUUUAUCCAAUCAGGGUACUCCACUGAUACCGAGCUGUCCAGUAAGACGUGAGCAAUACGAGGAAAUCUUCUCCUGUGUACACGAUUGUUGUUUCUCGAUCUUCUUUUCCUUUGGAUGUUUUUUAUUUUCACACUGAUGAAGUUUUGUCUUCCUUCGACUCGCUGAACAAAAUGAUGCUCAGAUCUUCUUCACUUUCCUUCGACUGUUUCUCCUUGUCGUGCUCCUGCUGUCGUCUUAAUGCCUGUGUACGAAUACAAUCCUAGGGAGCCACAGGUGACCUUUGACCUCAGACAGGACAGACUUGUAGCUGUCGAACCGGCGCCAAGCUCGGCGUGACGCAGGUGGAGCAAAUAGUUAGUCGUAGUUGUAGUAACAGGAAUGCUUAGAAACGCGAUGAGCUGCUGUGUGUCGUUGACCCGAUGAUCAACAUGUCUGCUUGCUUUGUCUCAGCUGUAGGUUUCUACAGGUUGUUUUUUUUGUAUUUCCUUUUUAAUAAACAAACAUUUAA